AUGACCAGAAGGGUGUUAGUGGACAAUGGUAGUUCGGCAGACAUCCUGCACUACUCGGCUUUCCAGAAAAUGAGGCUUGGACAAGACCAACUUCGUCCAAUGAACUCACCCUUAGUGGGAUUUGGAGGUAUGAAGGUACAACCCACGAGUACUGGUACGUUUCCUGUGGUGGUAGGAGCAUAUCCUCAACAGAUAACCAAAGAAGUGAACUUUCUUGUGUUGGACUGUUCAUCAUCAUACAAUGCCAUCAUUGGGAGAACAACUUUGAACAGUUGGAAGGUAGUAACGUCUACCUACCACCUGUCAGUCAAGUUCUCUAUAGAGUACGGGGUAGGGCAAGCGCAAGGAGGCCAGUUAGCAAUAAGAGAAUGUUAUUUAGCCAUGUUGGCUAUGGACGAGCAAGUUCAGACAAUGAGCAUUGAGGAGAGAAGAGUUGUUGCAGAGCCUACUGAAGUGCUGGAAGACAUUUCUUUGGACGAGAAUAACCUUGAGAAGUUUACUAGAAUUGGAACAAGUAUGAAGGAAAAGACGAAGCAAGACCUCGUCCAAUUCUUAAGGAAGAGUAUUCAAUUGAAUGUGUACCCAUCUUCCAAGCCUGUUCAUCAGAAGAAAAUGGUCUUUGCUCCUGAGCGAGACAAUAUUGUUAAGGAAGAGGUCCAGAAGUUAACCAUAACGCAAUUUAUUCGGGAAGUCUAUUACUCGGAUUGGUUAGCUAAUGUGAUGAUGGUCAAGAAGGCAAAUGGCAAGUGGAGAAUGUGUGUAGAUUUCAUUGAUUUGAAUAAAGCUUGCCCUAAGGAUAGUUAUCCUUUGUACGCAUUGAUUAGUUGGUGA